CAGCUCUGACCACACCCUCUCAGGCAGGUUUGUGACCUGGGCGGAACCACGUGUCUCUGCAGGUGUUACCGGGGUGUUACCUGGGCCACAGAGGAGCUGGUGGAGCGGCUUCUCUCCGCCUGGUGUGUGUCAGAGAUCAUCGGCUCGCUGGUCUCUUUAAGAGGAGCCUGUGUGUCUGCUGAUCUGUCAGCAGGCUCGGUGCCGCCCUCCCUGCUGCACAUCCUGCUGCACCUCAGGGGACCGACUAACACCCGGCUCCCUGUCCCACACACUGUCCGAUGCACCACAGCAUCGACAUACGUGGAUAUGUUUUGGAUAAUCGAUAGUCGAUGUUAAGGAAAAUGCGCCGGGCACAUGGUCCACGCUCUCCCGGGCUAAGCAGGUAACCGGCGACUGAAGGAUCGCGGCCACGCUGCUUCUCCGGAUCUCGUCCUCAUACAUGUGCGAUGCUCAGCCAUGACAUGUUGUAACGCUGUGGGGUGGAAGACUUCUCCCGGCUGUAGUUUCACAGUGAUCGUGUCCUGUGGUUGACCGAGGAGGACACAACCGCAGCUCUCUGAUCACCUCCAGAAGUGGAAACCCUGAUAACCGAUCUCUGUGCAGACACUGGAGCUCGGUAUGUCCCGCCUGAGUGAGCUGCCCAUGGAGAGCUGGAUGUCUCACCUGCCCUGUGCUCUGUGGGACACCCCACUGUACCACCUGGCCAUCCCAGGCAGCCACAAUGCAAUAACCUACUGUCUGGAUAUGAAUGACAGAUCCCCAGUUGACCUCACCCAACCAGACAUGCUUCAGAAGCUGGACAAAUACAUGAAGCCCCUAAUUCGACCAUUUGUCUACAAGUGGGCAAUAACCCAGGAGUACACUAUAAAGCAGCAGCUGGACUGUGGGGUCAGAUACUGCGACCUGAGGAUUGCACACAGGCCCAAUGACAGCUCCACCGAUCUGUAUUUCUACCACGGUGUUUACACCACGCUGACUGUGGAGACUGUUCUCCUGGAGAUAAGAGAGUGGCUGGACGUUCAUCCCAAAGAGGUGGUCAUUCUCUCCUUCAGCCACUUCCUCGGCCUGAGCCCAGAGCUCCACAUGAUGCUGCUCACAACCAUACGCAACGUUUUCACCUCCAAACUCUGUCCCAAAACGGAAGCGUUAACUCUUCGAAACCUGUGGGCUGUUGGCCACCAACUGAUAGUUUCCUAUGAGCACAAUAUCGCCAGCUGUCACAGUGACCUGUGGCCACACAUUCCUUACUGGUGGGCCAAUAAAUGCAAAGCUGAGGCUCUUAUUGAGGAGUUUGAGCACAGGAAGCAACAUGGCCGACCAGGAGGUUUCUUUGUCACAGGAAUAAAUCUGACCGAGGACCUGAAAUACAUCUGCACUCACCCGACAGAGUCCCUGAAGGACUUGGUGAUGUCCACGUAUCCGAUGCUGCUCAGCUGGGUCAAAGAGCAGACACCGGGCUCCAGAGUGGGCUCCCUCAACAUCAUCGCUGGAGACUUUAUCACAGAGAGCCACUUUGUACCAACUGUUGUUACACUGAAUGAGAAACUACUGAAAUGGUCGUCAUGACUUUUCACCAGUAUGCAUUAUUUUAUCACCAAGAAAAUGUGAAUCACAGCAUGAAACAUGAGCUUGUUUUGUUAAACGUGAUGGGAAAAAAGUACUUGAAAAGUUAAUUUCAAUAUAAAUGCACUUAUUAGAGGCAGCGAAAUGUACAUUUCAGUUUUAAAGCUACUUGGAAACAGACGUUUGUUAUUGUGACCUGCAUUUGUAUGUUUACAUUCAGUUCACUCUUUAUGCAAUGCACAGUUUUCAGCAAGGUGACCAGUGGUGACCAAAGCAAUAAUGAUACUACUAAUCUCACCUUAUCACCAUAGGCAUUUUAAAGAGUAAGCACAAUGUAUUCAAAGAGCACAUAUGACUGUGAUGUAGGAACUUUUCUAAAUGUGAUCAGAAGGUUGAGAAGCAGCGUAACUAUACCACCUACUGCAGAUGUACUGUAUUUGUCCAUAGAGAAUGUAGACGACACAAGAAACUGCAUGGAAACGUUAUUUGCAUGAACCAAACCUUGACUGUUCUACUUAUAACUGACUUUAGUUAGUAGAUUAGGCCUUGAUUUAAAGUGAUGCUGCACCACUGUGCCUGUGGAGAUGAGCUUUUCAAAUAAACCUGAGCAUUUUUAA